AUGCCUGAACUUCUUAGCAGCAUACUCAAUGUGAGUAAGGUAUUCCAGAAAUAUGCUGAACACCAUGGGGAAUGCGCUUCAUUGAGCAAGAUGGAGUUGAAGCAGCUGCUUCUCACUGAGUUUGGAGACAUCCUUCGGAGACCAAAUGACCCAGAGACUGUGGAAACCAUUCUGGAACACUUGGACCGAGACAGAAAUGGAUAUGUUGAUUUUCGUGAAUACCUCUUGUUGGUGUUCCAAUUGGUCCAAGCUUGCCAUCGUAAACUAGAUAGUAAGUCAUGUGGAGGUAGAACUUCCUCCCAGAAAGAACAGGGUCAGAAAAGAACACAGAGCCAUAAGUUUUCUGAAAACACAGGCAGACAGCCUAGGCAGUCUGAAGGACAAAGUCAGAAUGUCCAACAAGAUAAGGACUCCCACCAGGGUCAGUCAGAGAGACAAGAUACAGAUUAUAGCUCUGAUCAGUCUGAGACAGACGAUCAGCACUCUAGCCCUGAUCAAAGACUGAGUCAUAAAUCCAGCAACGACCAACCCAAAAGUCAAGGAUAUAUCUUUGCCUUAAAUCAGCCUGAGAUCCCAGCUCAGGUUUCUCAUUAUGGCCAGUCUAAAACAUUUGGACGACAAAGCAGCCAUGGCCAGUCUGGAAGACUCCGACAAGAUUCUUACUCUAGUCAAACCAGUCAACAAGAAGCUGGUUCUUAUGAACAAUAUGGAAAGCAGUAUCAGAAAUCAGGCAACAGGCAGACAGACAGACAAGCCCAGAAUUCUCGCUAUGGUCAGUCAGACAAACAAGAACAUAAGUUCCAACAUGGUCAGACAGAUGGACAAGGUCAGAGCAAAGGCCAGAAUUUUCAUUAUGGUCAGACAGGCAUUAAAGGCCAGAGUUCUCACCAGAGUCAGAUAGGCAUUAAAGGCCAGACUUCUCAUCAGAGUCAGACAGGCAUUAAAAGCCAGAGUUCUCACCAGGGUCAGACAGGCAAUAAAGGCCAGAGUUCUCACCAGAGUCAGACAGGCAUUAAAGGCCAGAGUUCUCACAAGGGUCAGACAGGCAUUAAAGGCCAGAGUUCUCACCAGGAUCAGAUAGACAGACAAGACCAGAGUUCACGUUGGCAUCGAACAGACAGUCAAGGCCAAGGUUUCCAGUAUGAUCAGACAGGCAGACAAGGCCAGAGUUCUCACCAGGGUCAGACAGACAGACAAGACCAGAGUUCACGUUGGCAUCGAACAGACAGUCAAGGCCAGGGUUUCCAGUAUGAUCAGAUAGGCAGACAAGGCCAGAGUUCUCACCAGGGUCAGAUAGACAGACAAAACCAGAGUUCUCACCAGGGUCAGACAGACAAACAAGACCAGAGUUCACGUUGGCAUCGAACAGACAGUCAAGGCCAGGGUUUCCAGUAUGAUCAGACAGGCAGACAAGGCCAGAGUUCUCACCAGGGUCAGACAGACAGACAAGACCAGAGUUCACGUUGGCAUCGAACAGACAGUCAAGGCCAAGGUUUCCAGUAUGAUCAGACAGGCAGACAAGGCCAGAGUUCUCACCAGGGUCAGACAGACAGACAAGACCAGAGUUCACGUUGGCAUCGAACAGACAGUCAAGGCCAGGGUUUCCAGUAUGAUCAGACAGGCAGACAAGGCCAGAGUUCUCACCAGGGUCAGAUAGACAGACAAAACCAGAGUUCUCACCAGGGUCAGACAGACAAACAAGACCAGAGUUCACGUUGGCAUCGAACAGACAGUCAAGGCCAGGGUUUCCAGUAUGAUCAGACAGGCAGACAAGGCCAGAGUUCUCACCAGGGUCAGACAGACAGACAAGACCAGAGUUCACGUUGGCAUCGAACAGACAGUCAAGGCCAAGGUUUCCAGUAUGAUCAGACAGGCAGACAAGGCCAGAGUUCUCACCAGGGUCAGAUAGACAGACAAAGCCAGAGUUCUCACCAGGGUCAAACAGACAGACAAGACCAGAGUUCACGUUGGCAUCGAACAGACAGUCAAGGCCAAGGUUUCCAGUAUGAUCAGACAGGCAGACAAGGCCAGAGUUCUCACCAGGGUCAGAUAGACAGACAAAGCCAGAGUUCUCACCAGGGUCAAACAGACAGACAAGACCAGAGUUCACGUUGGCAUCGAACAGACAGUCAAGGCCAAGGUUUCCAGUAUGAUCAGACAGGCAGACAAGGCCAGAGUUCUCACCAGGGUCAGAUAGACAGACAAAGCCAGAGUUCUCACCAGGGUCAAACAGACAAACAAGACCAGAGUUCACGUUGGCAUCGAACAGACAGUCAAGGCCAAGGUUUCCAGUAUGAUCAGACAGGCAGACAAGGCCAGAGUUCUCACCAGGGUCAGAUAGACAGACAAAACCAGAGUUCUCUCCAGGGUCAAACAGACAGACAAGACCAGAGUUCACGUUGGCAUCGAACAGACAGUCAAGGCCAAGGUUUCCAGUAUGAUCAGACAGGCAGACAAGGCCAGAGUUCUCAUCAGGGUCAGAUAGACAGUCAAGACCAGAGUUCACGUUGGCAUCGAACAGAUAGUCAAGGCCAAGGUUUCCAGUAUGAUCAGACAGGCAGACAAGGCCAGAGUUCUCACCAGGGUCAGAUAGACAGACAAAACCAGAGUUCUCACCAGGGUCAGACAGACAGACAAGACCAGAGUUCACAUUGGCAUCGAACAGACAGUCAAGGCCAGGGUUUCCAGUAUGAUCAGACAGGCAGACAAGGCCAGAGUUCUCACCAGGGUCAGACAAGCAGUAAAAGCCAGAGUUCUCACUGUGAUCAGUCAAAGAUUGGGAAAACUGAACUCCAAGGGCAAAACAGGUCCUUCCAAGGAACUGAUAAAGCAAGAAGAGACUCAUACGUUGAACAAUCUGGAAGAUCAGGAAAACUAAGUCAACAGACUUCAAGAGAAGAAGUGAGUCAAACCCAGAGACAGAGAUUCCAGGAUAGAAGGGAGCAGCAAACCCACCACCAGGCAUGGAAGCUUGAAGAGGAGAAUAAGCACAAACUCUUAGCUCUGAUACAGCAAGAAGAGCCAUACCACCAUGAAGAGUAUGACUGGCAAUCACAGAGUAGCGAGGAUGGCCAUUGGGAAGAGGAAGGGCAUCAAAGUUGGGAUGGACACAGUUUUGAGGAGCAGGAAAGGAUAUAUGAGAUGUAGAACAGACAAGCCCACAGAGAUGAACAAUGCCAUCAGGCAUUGUUUCUACAGGAUAGGCAAACCUCUGUAGAUGAGCAGAACCAGAAAAGGUAACACAGACAAACUCAUGAAGAAAAUCAAGAUCAUCAACACGGUAGACAAAAGCAUGAAGAUGAGCAAAACCAUCAAGGAAAAAACAAACAUCAAAAGCAUCAUCAACAAUGGGAUAGACAAACUCAUGAAGAAAAUGAAAGGUAUCAAGGAUCCCAAGAUCAAUCUAGAAACUUCCCCAACAAAGAAAAAAGUUACAUGAAUGAAGAUGACCAGAGCCAAGGAUCCCAGGGAAGACAUUUCUUUCCAACCCAUGGUAGUGGCAGGUCCCAAAUAAGAGAGCAAUAUGAAAACCAUCCUACCAAAACAGCUAAUUCCCCCAGCCCCCUCUAUGACUACAUACGAGAGCAAGCAAUGUACUAG